GUCGCUGUCAUCUCUGCCUAUUCUACUACCAGAUCGUCCAAGUGUUUGUUUGCAAACCGUGAAACAAAUGAUAACAGAAAGUCACCACCCAGGCCUCCUCUGGGUCAUCACUGCGCUUGUCUAUUGGAAAUUGACACUGAAUUCCAAACUAGAUCAGAAAAACGUUUACACGAAAAAGAAAAUAUAGCCUGAUGUUUAUUUUUCUCCAAGUGUCCACACCGCAAUGACAAGCAUUUUGAGCCUCUGUCAUUGACGCGGCGACACACCAGUACCAAUGCAUUGUCAGCACGUGGGACCAGGUGUGAGCCUAAAGUAAGAUUACACAGACGCUGUCCAUCUGGUACAGAGGGCGGAGACAGUGUAGAGGCAACCAACACAUCGGAGGUCUCCAGACAGCCUCCGGAUACAUUGACUUGUAUGAUUGAUAGGAGAUUGUGAGGUGAUGUAUGGUUGGUCCACCUUUACAUCAUUAGAGAUGUGGGAGAGAAUGACAUUGGUGAAAAUUGAGAUCAGCGUGGAAACUCGUAGAAAUGUUACGUAAUGUGACUAUGCUUUACUUCUGAAUUAUUCGGGCAUUAACAGCUUGUUAUAUACGAUCCCAACUGUGAAGGAAUACCAAUCAUUGUACGUGACCAGUUACGGAAAUUUCGGACAGAAGGAAGUGUUGCCUUACUAGUCUUAUAUAAUUUAUGCGCCAGUUAGUGGGUUGAUGAGACGAGUGGAGAGUAUCAACAGUGGUGAAGUGAUGGAGGUACCAGCUCCAGACAUCUGUUACAGGUGUAAGACAAUGCACUGUAGCAAUAUAGAUCCUGAGGGUCAAGAUCGGACAACUGACCACUGUGGCCACAGGGGCGUGACCAGAUCAAACUAUCAUUCCAGUACGGGAAGGACACUAACACUUAUAUUGCUGCUGUUCAUUCAAUAUUCCUGGGGCAUGAGCAACGACAUUCUACGGUUAAAUUUACCCCCAGAACCUAACCUCGACCCUAACACAGUCUGUAAAACGUAUCCGGCGUUGACGUCCCAUCAGUAUGAACAUUGUUUCCAACACCCGGAUGUUACAGCUUCAGCCAUUCAGGGCAUACAGGUGGCUAUCCACGAAUGCCAGCAUCAGCUAAAAGACCAUCGGUGGAAUUGCUCCACACUGGAGAAGAAAAAUAAGAAUCCUCAUGCGAGCCCUAUUCUUGGAAAAGGUUUCCGAGAGUCGGCCUUCGCUUAUGCAAUUCUGGCAGCGGGGGUGACACACCAGGUGGCUAAGGCAUGUAGCAUGGGGAAGCUGCAGUCCUGUGGGUGUGACAUGAGUCAGCACGGCAAGGUCAAGGACAAGUGGGAGUGGGGCGGGUGUAGUCACAACGUCGAAUUCGGAGAAAAAUUCUCCGCCAAAUUUUUAGAUGUGAAGGAGAGAGCUAAAGACAUCCACGCAAAAAUAAACUUACACAACAACAGAGCGGGUCGCUUGUCUGUUAUAAGAAACGUCCGCCGGAAGUGCAAAUGCCAUGGCAUGUCAGGAAGUUGUGAGAUUCAGACAUGCUGGAAAUCUACGCCAGACUUCCGGGAAGUUGGGAUCCGACUGAAGAAAAAGUAUGAGGCCGCGAGAAAGGUAAAGGUAAAUAUACUAAAUGCGGCCGCAGCGAGAUAUCGUCGAAUACGCAGAAACACUCGAAAGUCAGAGCUUAUAUUCUACGAGAGGUCCCCCAAUUAUUGUGACGUCAAUCCGCGUGUGGACUCAAUUGGAACUUCCGGUCGGCUGUGUAAUAAAACCAGUACAGGGGUGAAUAACUGUCAGACACUGUGUUGUGGGCGUGGCUAUAAUACCCUCCGUGUCAAACGGUCGGAGAGAUGCGACUGCAAAUUUCACUGGUGUUGUUACGUCGUGUGCAAAACAUGCUCGUAUAACGAAUGGGUGACAGUUUGUAAAUGAAAAGUGUUGCAUUGACAACAAGGUUUUUUUAUAUACCUAACGAGAUUGUUUUUUUAUCCAUUUGAAAUAUUUUCAUCAAACGUGUUAUGACGUUAUCAUUAGAAAGAACUGAGGACGAACGUUCGUCGAGGGAGAUCGGUGGUCUGUCACCAUAGUAACUUGUACUGUCACCUGACGUAGUGUCCUGUGGCAUUACAAGUUAAAAUUGAUUAUCAAUAGUACCUACACCUUUACAAAAUCGAAAGUGACCAGAUCUAGACCAGGCCAUGUACUGAAGAUUUAAAAAGAAGAUUGUGUGCGAGCCUGAACAUUUGACCACGUGGGACACCUUGGAUGUCAACGACACGACGUGCGCACAAGUGUGUUUUGCCCAAUUAAUGUGCAUACCACAAAAUGACGUCCAUAUUUCGAAUAGGACGAACAUUUGUAAUAUCACAGACAGAAAGUGAUUAAGGCUGGUCGUAAUGCUACGCCUGACUUUUUGUAAACCGGGAGGAAAACGCCUUACGUCAUGAACUUAUGACGUAAUGGACGAUGUUAGGAAAUCAGCGAUGAAACAAAUUGUGCAAAAUUUAUAUUAGAGUGCUACUGUCCAUUUGCAGAGACACUGAAUAUGGCUGACAAAAUGCUUCCGUCACGUGCACGGAACACAUAGUCAUUAAUUUUGAAGCACGUGAUAUGUACUGCUGCAUUCCAGGAAGUUGGUUUCAAACCGGAAAUUAACGUUAACGUUACCUAAUGACCGUCUGAUACAGACACCACUACAGCGUCACAAGAUUGUACAUUUUUAAUGUUUAUUUAAUUAAUAUGAUAUUUUUUCAGGAAUUGGAUUGCUUGUUAUAAUUAGAAUGUAUGUUUUAAGUGAUUUAUUUCGGUCGAAUGUGUAAAUAAGCACGCCUCUGAAAUGUAAUAAAAACACCUUCGUAAUUUUGGAAACAUUGAAUCCAUCCAUUUUAUUAUGUGUUUUAUUUUAAAACUUGUUUCUGUGUUAACGUCGUCGUGUCUCUUGAUUAAAUAGUAUGUUUCAGUUCUGGUUGUAGUUUUAUCAAUAAAACAUAUAACAAGGUCUAGUGUUAUAAUAUCUGUAUUGUUAGGGAUUUUUAGCGCCACUGACUACAAUCCGUGUACGUGCGCUUCUUCGCAACAGGGUUAAUUAAAUUCGUUUGGAGAUGUAAAUUACAUCUAAAGGGGAAAUUAAGUAACGUAUGGAUACAUCAUAUAAAAUGGAUCUACCGAUGUAGAUGUUAGUAUAAAUGUUUAGUUUGUUUUUUGUAUUUUUUUUAACUGUAUCAUUGUAAAUUUUCUGCAGUCUGAUUGGUUGAAACCCGCAUUGUUCACCCUUUUAUAUUUGUGUCGACCUUAGGAUACCCGGAUGUUGAUAAACAAAGCAUUAUACCAGCAUGAAUAACACAAUGGGGAUUUCCCCUUGGAUUCAAAUAGCAUACUUUUUUUGUAGAUAACUUAUUUAUAUAUA